AUGAAUCGCAUACCGUGCCCUGGUCCUGAAACAUACAUCGAAGCAAAAAACGAGUCUGUCCAGCCCGCACCACCUCCUAACAACGAGCCCCCUGAUUUUAUCACCAUCCGCUGGAUGACCGAGUCGAACUAUCCUGGCGGCAGCGUCUGGAUCAUGCAGCUUCUCGUCUUCGAGCCCAACGAACCCAUCUUCGACCGCAUGACAUACGAGGACAACAUGGUCUAUUGGAGCCAAGACACCAGAACUCAUCUGGAACGUGACGCUACCUGCGCUUCUGUGAGUGUAUUCUAUGCUUUUGUUAGCCGCUCAUGUUGCCUAACGACAAUCUAUAGNGCUGGCCUCCACAACAACUUCAGAGUCUUCGCUAGCCCGGAGGACUCUCCCGAUGAGGACGCAGCUGAGGUAAGCAUUCUUCCUGAUCAUAGUCAAUAG